CUCACUCUUUCUCUCCCCCCAAACCUUUUGUACUACCCAAUUAACCAUUACCAUACAUACUCUCCUUUCCAUCACGCCACAAACGCAUAGAUUCAGAUCAGCUUCAUCUUCUUCUUCGUCGCAUCUCCAUCACCAGUGGCUGUUCGAAGGUGUCUCCAGCUGUUACUUUUUUAUUUCUAUCGAUUGUUUAUUGUUAGGACAGGAUUCUGGGCAUGCUUGUUGAGGCUAAUGGAUCUGUUUCCUUUCUAGAAUUCCUGGGAAGAAUCUUGAUUGAUUGAGCCUUAAAGUUUCUUCCGAUCUACAAAGAUCAAUCAAUUGGGGUUUGUGUUGUAAAUCUACUACUGCUAGUUUUGGGGAUCGAAGUUGUGUUGUCUGUGAUGGAAGCUAGAAUUGAAGGUGAGGGUCAACAUUUCUAUGGAUACAGAGCCAUGGAUGUAAGAUCUGUAGGUAAAAGGAGUGUGGAGUGGGAUUUGAAUGAUUGGAAAUGGGAUGGUGAUCUCUUUGUAGCUACACCCUUGAAUCCUGGUGUUAGCCGUCAGUUUUUCCCACUGGGGAACUCCUCCAAUAGCUCUUCCACCUGCUCUGAGGAAGGGAACAAUAAUAAUUCAAGAGAAGUUGAGAAGAAAAGAAGAGCCCCUGCUUCUGCUGCUACUGCUACUGGGGAAGAUGAUGAUAAUACUAAUAAUAAUGGUGGUGGUGGACUUACUUUGAAGAUAGGAGAGAAUGGUUAUGAUCUUAAUGGUGAAAGAGAAGGGAACUCUGCUGCGGCUAAGAAGACCAAGUUCGGAGGAGGAGGAGGAGGUGUGGCAAACCGCUCGGUUUGUCAGGUGGAGAACUGUGAGGCUGAUCUUAGCAAAGUUAAAGACUAUCAUAGACGUCAUAAGGUGUGUGAGAUGCAUUCUAAGGCUACUAGUGCUCUUGUCGGUGGUAUCAUGCAGCGCUUUUGUCAGCAAUGUAGUAGGUUCCAUGUUCUUGAGGAGUUUGAUGAAGGAAAGAGAAGUUGCCGUAGACGUUUGGCUGGGCAUAAUAAACGUAGGAGGAAGACAAAUCCUGAACCUGGCGCUAAUGGGAAUCCUCUCAGUGAUGAUCAUCAAUCUAGCAAUUUGCUUCUGAUUACUCUCUUGAAGAUACUCUCCAAUAUGCAUUCCAAUGGAUCAGACCAUCCGGGUGAUCAAGAUCUGAUGCCUCAUCUUCUGAAGAGCCUUGUCAGCCAUGCUGGUGAACAACUAGGGAAAAACUUGGUUGAGCUUCUUCUACAAGGAGGGUCUCAAGCUUCGGGUUUGCUUGCAGUUGAGCAAGCUCCUCAAGAGGAUUUGAAGCAAGCUCCUCAACUUCCUCGGCAGGAGCUGUAUUCCAAUGGGACAUCUACUGGGAACAGAUCAGAAAAACAAGCCAGAGUAAAUGAUUUUGAUUUGAAUGACAUCUAUAUAGACUCUGAUGAUGGUACAGAUAUCGAAAGAUCUUCUCCUCCUCCGACCAAUCCAGCAACCAGUUCUCCUGAUUAUCCUUCGUGGAUACAUCAAACCAGUCCACCUCAGACAACUAGGAACUCAGAUUCAGCAUCUGACCAGUCACCAUCAAGCUCCAGCGAAGAUGCUCAGAUGCGCACAGGCCGGAUUGUGUUCAAACUAUUUGGGAAAGAACCAAAUGAUUUUCCUGUUGUCUUGCGUGGACAGAUUCUUGACUGGUUAUCUCAUACUCCAACUGACAUUGAGAGCUACAUUAGGCCUGGUUGUAUCGUCUUAACCAUUUAUCUUCGUCAAGCUGAAACUGCUUGGGAUGAACUUUCUGAUGACAUGGGCUUUAGCUUGAGCAAGCUUCUAGAUCUCUCAGAUGAUCCUUUAUGGACAACUGGAUGGAUUUAUGUUAGGGUGCAAAACCAAUAUGCAUUUGUAUCUGACGGUCAGGUUGUUGUUGACACUUCCUUACCGCUAAGAAGCCGUGAUUACAGUCACAUUACUAGUGUUAGACCGCUCGCUGUAGCUGCAACAGGAAAGGCUCAGUUUACAGUAAAAGGCAUCAAUCUCAGUCGACCUGGCACAAGGUUACUUUGUGCGGUAGAAGGAAAAUACUUGACCCAAGAGACAACUAAAGAGAAGGAUGAUCUCAAGGAGAGUAAUGAUGAUGUUGUUGAGUGUGUCAACUUUUCUUGUGAUUUGCCUAUAACAAGCGGUCGAGGAUUCAUGGAGAUUGAAGACCAAGGACUCAGCAGCAGUUUCUUCCCUUUCAUAGUUGUUGAAGAAGAUGAUGUUUGUUCUGAGAUCCGUGUACUCGAAACCACAUUAGAGUUCACUGGAACUGAUUCUGCUAAGCAAGCUAUGGAAUUCAUUCAUGAACUCGGUUGGCUACUUCAGAGAAGUAAGCUCGGCGUGUUCCCGUUAACACGUUUCAAGUGGCUCAUCGAGUUCUCAAUGGACCGAGAGUGGUGCGCUGUGAUCAGAAAGCUGUUGAACAUGUUCUUUGAAGGAGCUGUUGGUGACUACUCUUCCUCCUCCCCCUCUGAUGCCGCGCUAUCAGAACUGUGCCUUCUUCACAGAGCCGUCAGGAAAAACUCUAAGCCUAUGGUGGAAAUGCUCUUGAGAUACGUUCCUAAGCAGCAAAGAAUACACAGCUUGUUUAGACCCGAUGCUGCUGGUCCAGCAGGUUUAACACCUCUUCACAUUGCAGCCGGUAAAGAUGGUUCAGAAGAUGUUCUGGACGCUCUUACAGAAGAUCCAGCAAUGGUGGGGAUUGGAGCAUGGAGAACAUCUAGGGACAGCACAGGCUUCACACCAGAAGACUACGCACGCCUACGCGGUCACUUCUCAUACAUCCACUUGAUUCAACGCAAGAUCAAUAAAAAGUCAGCAACCGAAGAUCAUGUUGUGGUCAACAUCCCUGCUUCUAUCUCAGACAGAGAGCAGAAAGAAACAAAACCAGGUUCAGCCUUGGAGAUCACACACGGUAACCAAAAGCUUCAGUGCAAGCUCUGUGACCAUAAACUGGUGUAUGGGACAGGAAGGCGGUCUGUAGCAUACAGACCAGCUAUGUUGUCAAUGGUGGCGAUUGCUGCGGUUUGCGUCUGUGUGGCACUUCUCUUCAAGAGUUGCCCAGAAGUGCUUUAUGUGUUUCAACCUUUCAGGUGGGAGUUGUUGGACUAUGGGACAAGAUGAGUGCAAGCAAGUCUUACGUUGAAGAUUCUUCUUCCUAAGAUAUGAAAUAAAAUAUGUUUACUUUAUAUAUAAAAAGUGUGAUUUCUAUAUGUAACUAUAUAAGAUAUAUAGAGACAUGUACUUUAGAAGGUUGUUGUUGUGUGUAAAACCUGGUGGAUUCGCUUUCUGUAACUCUGAUUAGUAUAUUUUAUUUGUUGACAUGAUUA